GGAAGUGUGGGAAAAUUGACUACUUCAAGGAACAACAAUAUACUAGUCGCUCAGGACAAUAGAAACGUUUGGCAGCUUAAAGUGCCUCAAACGUGCCGAAUUAGAUCGCGAUCAGCAAGUCCAGCUAACAGAAGGGUGUCUUAUUUAAUGGCAACUGAAGGAAUAGUUUCCUCCAAUACACUGCAGUUACAGUCGAAAGUAAAUGAAGAGGACAAUGGUUUAACUAGUUUCCAAGACAAGAACAACGUUUUUGAUACUGAAAAGAAAAAAAACAACGAAACAUCGUCAUUUAAAAUCAAACGAGAAGAUAGUUUAGAAGAUGACGAUGAAUACGAUGACGAAUGCUUAGAGGAUUUUAAUGAGGAUGUAAAACGGCUAAGCCUAAAAAGAAAAUGUUCUGAAGAUUUAGUUGAGAUUGAUAAAGAGGGUUACCUCAAACGUAAAUACACUGCUACACAUGGACGGCGAUCUUGGAAACGUGUGUUUGUUAUUCUCAAAGGUCACAUUUUGUACAUAUGCAAGGAGAAGCCACGUGAGAUGGUAUCAAGUGGACCUGAUGAGAAACCAAUCAGCAUUAAAUCUUGCAUUGUUGAUAUUGCUUAUGAUUAUCGCAAAAGGGAAAAUGUAUUCAAGCUAAUGACGUACAACGGCUUGCAAUAUUUGUUUCAGGCAAGAGAUAGAGAUGAUAUGAUGUCAUGGAUUAGGUUCAUUCAAAGAAACAAUAAUCCCGAUGAAGAUACUUGUGGUAAAACUAACGCAGAUCUUAUUGUCAGGCGAAAGAAGAACAUGGAUGUUGAAAUCUCGAGCCAAACAAACACAGCUUUGCCUUCUUCAGCGCCAAAAACUGGCGGAAUUAAGAAAAGCUUGUCGUUUACAAGGGGUUCAAGCAACCGGGCUUCGCUUAAAAGUAAAAAAGCUAUGGAAGGUGAUGGAAACAAAGGUACAUGGCACAGUAAGGUUGUUAAUAAAGUGAGGAGAAUUGGAAAUACGACAAGUAAUGUUAUUCCACCAUAUCAAGCUCAAGGUUGCUUAUCUUGUACUUCACUGGAAGAAUGUCCUAAAUCAAAAUUGAAUUCGGCCCUGCCACUACUUGUAGAACAUUGCUGUAAUGUUGUUGAAAGUAAGGCUCUUGAGUCUGUGGGUAUCUACAGAGUUCCUGGGAACAGUGCCAUGGUUUCAUCAUUGGAAGAAGAAUUAAACUCUAAAAGCCCGGAAGAAAUUCAUUUUGAGGAAACGAAAUGGAAUGAUGCGAACAACAUGGCCAGUCUUCUCAGAAAUUUUCUUCGAAAACUGCCAGAGGGUCUUGUGACAUCUCAACUUUAUGAAAAAUUUAUCAACGCCAACCGAGUUGAGGGCAAAGAUAGAAUGUUGUCAUUGAAAAAAUUGACUCAGCAACUGCCCCCAGCUUAUGGCGAAACAUUGAAAUUUCUCGUGAGGCAUUUGAAGAAAGUUUCAGAACACUCAGAAGUGAACAAGAUGGAAGUCAGAAAUCUUGCGAUUGUGUUUGGACCAACAAUUGUUAGAACUGGCGAAGACAAUAUGACAACAAUGGUUAAUGAUAUGUCUGAUAGGUUUCGAAUUGUUGAAAGUUUCAUUAACAAUUUUGAUUGGUUCUUCGAUGAAAAACCUGUCGCUGCUGAAAAUGGUUCAACAUCUCCAAACUGUCCUCCAACUGAGGUAUUGUCACCUGUACUUGUAUCCUCUAAUGCAAUGAACUCAAUUGAACAGGCAGCAGUAAAUUAUUCUGAAUCCGAUUUGACAUGGCGUAAUAAGGGUGGAAGCUUAAAAUUACCAACAUUCAAGAAAUUUUUACGACAACAAAGCUCGGACAAUUCUAAGACUACUGGCGUUUCCAAAAAGACUGAGACGACUCAGGAACAUGUAAUGACAAAUGGCAAAUGUUCACCAGUUGAUGUAUCUCCGCGUUACAUUGGUACUUCACAACCAAAUUCUCCAACUUUGGGAAGACGUAAGUUUAUAAAAAGACAUCACUCCAGCUCAAACAUUGCCAUGACAGAAGCCAACGACGAUGUUGACUAUAACAAAUCUGAGGGUGAAGACGAAGAGAAUACGUUUACUAAUCGGGCUUACCAUUCCGCUAAAGCGUAUUCUUACGCUAGGCCCCCACCUCCAUCGUAUAGGGAGGCGCGAAAUAAAACUCGCGGCCCCAGUAACUUACAGCUAAGUUAUAAUAACAAAGAAGUACCUUCGGAAAACGCUGAUUUCAACUCACUUAGUGAUGAAACGAAGCGACGACUUUUGAGUUUUACUUUACGAAACAAGGUUAACGAGAAAAAGAUGAAACAAACAGACGAUGUAGUAGAACCGAUUGAAAAUCUUCGCAAAGAUAUGAUAAACAAAAAAAAUGGAAGCCCUUCUCAAGGCCCAAGUAAUGCUUCAGACGAUAAUUCUGUUGUCAUUGAACCUUUGUUGUCCCCGAAAGAGGCAAGAAAAAGAUUUGAAACAAAUUUUGUCAAUAAUCAAACAUCUGCUUGUGAGGUACCUUCAGCUAAAACAUUUUCUAGUGACGCUGUUAGAAGACGCGAUGGAUCCACGUCAAGUUCUUCAAGUCGAAACUUUAAAAUAUAUGCGAAAGGCGAUUUGACGAUUAGUCAUUGUCAGCAUCAUCAGAUAAACGAGUGGAUGAGAGAUUUGGCGAUAACUGCCGAAGGAGGCAGCGAACGCGGACGAGUGCGAGCAAAGACCGAAGAUCUAAGUAAAAUAUUACGAAGAUCUUCGAGUGUCGCUCGUUCAUCGUUCACAGAACGUGAAGCUUUUGUUGUAAGACGGAGAAGUUUAUCCUGUCAAGACAUCAAUGUCGCUGAUGAAGAAAUAAAAAUUCGUGAAAAAACUUUAAGUCAAGGAAGUGAUUCAACGUUAUCGUCAAAUGAAGGAGAUGAUCCCAUCGAGGCAUCUUCCAAGGAGUUUGAUGAAAAACUUCGUGGCUUAAUGCAGAAGCUGGAUAGCAAAAGUAAGACUGAGUUGCUACAGGUUGGGCAAGCUUCUCAAGCUUCAAGCUCACCCAGCUCGCGCAAAAUCAAAACAUCCGUUGAAAAGAUGAGAGCCCUGGAUCCUAACUCGAAUAUUCAGUCGGGAGCUGUCAGUUCAAUGAAAUAUCGCUUUGAAUCUGGUGUUACUCAACAGCAAUUUGGUAAAGUAAGAUCAUCAUCUCUCAGUUCUGGCUCUUCAGCUUCAAUAUUAUCCACUGAUACAUAUAGAAGGUCAACUUCUACAAUAAGUGAGGGGGAUGUGAAAAGAAAGGUUUGGGAAACAGGACAUGUAAAAUCAGGAGAAAUGAAAAAACUAUGGAAGGAGCCGGAGUGGAUUGCACGAGAAAGAGCAAUGAAGAAUUUGUAUAGUGGCAGUGAUUCAUCUAUUCAAGAUGAUAAUAACAAUUAUGUAUCAAAAAGAAAGCAAUUCAGUACAAAACCUCCAUACGCACGUAGCAUGUCUCUUCCAAUUAGAGAUUUAGAUUAUGUUGUCAAGGGUGUCACUGUUGAAACAACUCAUCCAUCUAAUAAUGGAGUUCUCUCACACACCAAGAAAAGUCGUACUCCUGAACAAAAUGUUGGGGCAAAUGAACCUACCCAUCGCAAAGUUACUAACGUGACUUCGGUAGAGUAUAAACCAGAUUCCCCCACUUUAACUAGAAACCGUCGCGUGUCUAACUCAAGCGAAAGUAAUCACAACCCAACUGCAAGAACGUCUUCAAAAAGUAUUGUGACACAUGUUUCCCCUGGAGAGUACAAAAAAGAUCAUUCUACAUCCGGGAAAGAUGUUGAAAUAAACUAUAAAAAGCCUAUACAUAUUAAGGAAGAUGGUGGAUCGGGAGUGCACGAAAACAAGUCUGAAUUUAAGCGUAAGUCAGAUUUAAGCAACGGCCCAACAGUCGAACCAACGUCUUUAAAUGAGAACAAACAUCGUCAAGUAGAGAGCUUAAAUCUUCGGCCUGUAAACCCAAAAUCACAUGAUAUUUUUCAUUCAGGCAAACGAGCUGGAUUGAAUUCCUCGAAAAGAGAAUCUGCCGUAUCAAACUCCUCUGUUUUAGAGGAACAUGUUAAGACAAGCGUCAGUCCACGUCGACGAAUCGUGAGCGAUACGAAUCAUGGUGCAUUGCCUGGACAUCGUCCGGUUGGACGAACUUUUACCGCUCCAAUUCUUGGAGCAAAAGUAACAACUACUAAUGCUAUAGAACUUGCUGGAUUUGCAAUCAAACCAGAGAAAAUAGAUCGUUCUAAAUCACGGUUAGUUCGCCGCUCAGAAAAGCAGGCUGUUGCUGGUACGCAGGCUCAAACGAGAAAACCCUCUUCGAGUGCAUCUGACAAUGUAGCACAUUCAUCGCUUACUAUACCUGAAAAGCUCUCUUCAUCUGCAUACGGUAGCCCUGGUAUUCGUCGAAAAACUACCGGAUUAACAGUACCGGAGAUUGACGAGUUGAAGCGCUUAUCAACAGACAGGACAUUGUUAGAGCAAAAUGCGUUACAUAUAAAAGAACUCUUGGACGAAAUGAACUCAGAGCAUUCUUUGAAGAUGGAAAGGCAAAAGUCCGACACAAUCUCUAUAAGUGCACAAAAGGCAGCUAAGAAGAAAACUAGAUUACGAAGACGUUCGCUUGGACAGGAAAGAGAGAACACAAUGGGUCUCCCCUCGCGUGUUUCCCACGCAAGUUUGUUGAACGAACGUAAUCGAGAGGAUACUUCAAGAAAUGUUACCACUGUGGAGUGGGUAGGUGUUAGCGGUUGAGUUGUUUGAAAUUUUCAUGUUGAUUACUGUAAAUCAAGGAAAAUCAAGAGGAAACCACGAAAUACAAGAUGUACUUUGAAAUAGCUUCAAUUAUCGUGUUUUCUUAUUGGAUAGUUAAAAACUACAAAAAUUCUGUUUAUCCGAGUAUUUUUAGGGUUGUGUUGAAUCAACAUGUCAGGUGCAUAAGCUAGUAAGCACAUAUUUUGAUCGUGGUGAAUUUAAUUUGUUUGAUUUUUAGUAAAUUUUUAAAUUUUGUUAUAUUUCGUUGUAUGCAUAGUAUGCUAUGGGUUGUAAAUAUUUAUAAUGACAUAUUUAAAAUUUAUAUAUAUCUAUAUUCUUAGUUUCCAUGUAGUCAUGUAUCGUUCAAUAAACUCUCUUUGUAAAGAACAA